CUGGCGGCGUCUCGCGCCAUGCUGGACGAGGAGCAUCGAUUGCUGCCCUUGCAGCCCGGCGACGAAAACAUAUACGUUCUCGGACGCAUCGACAGGCACAACGUCGUCAUGGCGUGCCUGCCCGGGCACUACGGGACGAACAACGCUGCCAUCGUCGCCACAGACCUGAAGCGCAGUUUCCCGAGUAUCCGCGCCACCCUCAUGGUCGGCAUAGGAGGCGGGGCGCCCGCCAUGGCCGAUCUACGUCUCGGCGACGUCGUCGUGGGCACGCGGGUGAUGCAGUACGACAUGGGCAGGGACGUGUUACGACCCGACAUGCGACCGCAUGCGCCUCUCACGUGCACCCCACUUUUUCUCUCCAAUCAACACAACUACGCGUCAUGCGUAUAA